UACCUCCUACUUCCGUCUACUACUAAUAGUAAUGGAGCUUGGAAGUAGUGUAUUAGAAAAUAUUGCGGUCGCUGGAGAUUCUAGUCACGUCCCUGAUAAAUUAUUUGUCCCUCUAGUCACAGCUGCUUGUCAGGGUGUGCUUUACGAUGAAUACAGAAAUGCUGUCGCAGAAAACCCAGCAUUCAAAGAUAUUAAUGCAGCAAGUUUAAAAGCUGCUUAUAGUGGCUUAGUUACAUUGGCUAUUGAGGCUGCAAAAUGUGAUAGUAAUGAACAAAAUUUAAGCACUACUCUGGAAGAAUGCAAAUAUACAUCUGAUAGAAUCAACGACUUCAACAAAAUAUUUUUACCACAAAAAUCUCAUAUACAACUGUUAUUAGGAAAAAUAGGAUCAAGUUUUCCACAUAUAGUUGAUGUAGAUUGGAGAUUAGAUUACUACAUCAAGAAUAACCACUUAGAAAAGAUUGAUUCACCAGUAUACCUGAUAUGUCUACACACUGAGAUGCCUGGUGAACCAGAGUUAAAAGAAAUUCAGUUUUCUUGUACAUUGGAACAACUACAGGACCUGGUUGGAAAAUUGAAAGAUGCAACUAAAUGCAUGGAAAAGAUUGCUCAAGUAUAAUUCAAUGUGUUGCUCUAAAAUUAAUCUCCUAUGGUUCUAUAUGUAAUAAAAAAAAUAUAAUAAAUAUUUGUA